AUGAAAGGCAGUCAUAGAAAUAAAGGUUAUUCCGCAGAAGGAGAAGGAGCUGGAAAACGACCAAAACGAAAGUGCCUUCAGUGGCAUCCAUUGCUAGCAAAGAAACUUCUUGACUUUUCAGAAGAGGAAGAAGAGGAAGACGAAGAGGAGGAUAUUGAUAAGGUUCAACUUCUUGGGGCCGCGGGUCUAGAGCAAGAUGGUGAAACUGAAGAUGAUGAAUCACCAGAACAGCGAGCCCGGAGACCAAUGAAUGCAUUUCUCUUAUUUUGCAAACGUCAUCGCUCUCUUGUACGUCAGGAACACAGGAACAGGCUUGAUAACCGAGGUGCUACCAAGAUACUAGCUGAUUGGUGGGCUGUUCUCGAUCCAAAGGAAAAGCAGAAAUACACAGACAUGGCCAAGGAGUAUAAACAUGCAUUUAUGAAAGCAAAUCCUGGCUACAAAUGGUGUGCUACCACAAACAAGCCUGUGAAAUCCCCAACAUCCACUGUCAAUCCACGGGAGAAACUAUGGGCCUUCCCAUCUGACUCUUCAAGAGCCUUGCCAAGCCCCAAGAAAACAAAGCCUGAAGAAAUGCCUCAGCUUAACUUUGGGAUGGCUGAUCCUACUCAAAUGGGAGGCCUGAGCAUGCUGCUUUUAGCUGGAGAACAUGUUCUUGGUACACCAGAGAUAUCCUCUGGCACUUGCAGGCCUGAUGUUUCAGAAUCCUCUGAAUUGCGUCAGGAGUCACCAUUAUUUCAGUUUGCCGAGAUAUCUUCAGGUACCUCCCACCCUGAUGUUCUGUCAAAACAAUGUCAAGCAUCAGCCUUGUUUCAGUUUGCAGAGAUCUGUUCGAAGACUUCACAGUUGGGCGGUGCUGAACCUGUAAAACGCUGUGGAGAGUCUGCACUCUUUCAACUGGCAGAGAUGUGCCUGGCAUCAGAGGGGGGAAACGAAGGUCAGGAAAAGGAAAGUCCUCUGAUCAUGAAGAGUGUUGGCAUGAAGAAAGCUGGACAUUUCACCAGAGUGGGACCAGUGGAAGCAAGAAGUUCAAGAAGACAAAGCCAAAGGAAGACUCUCUCCUUGGCUCAGCAAAGCUGGAUGAAGAAUUUGAAAAGAAAUUCAACAGCCUCCCUCAGUAUAGUCCUGUUACAUUUGACCAGAAAUGUGUACCUGUCCCAAGAAAAAAGAAGAAGACCGGACAUAUGUCCUCAGAACCGACCCAAACCAGCAAAGGUCCUUUCCAGUCUCAGAAAAAGAACUUAUUCCACAAAAUUGUCAGCAAAUACAAGCACAAAAAGGAGAAGCCUAAUGUUCCGGAAAAAGGAAGUGGGGAUAAAUGGUCAAACAAGCAACUCUUCUUGGCUGCCAUUCACCCUACAGAAGCCAUAUUUUCAGAAGACAGAAACACCACAGAGCCUGCUUAUAAGGUUACAAAUGCCCCAUCCAUUCCCAACACUCCAGAGCCAACAAGGGCGCAAGAACCCUUGGUGGGCAGUCAAAAGAGAAAAGCAAGGAAAACCAAGAUCACACACCUUGUCAGGACAGCAGAUGGCCGGGUAUCACCAGCAGGAGGUACUUUGGAUGACAAACCAAAGGAACACCUGCAGAGGAGUCUUGUUAAGGUGACCGAGACAGGCUGCAAUGACGAAUGCUCACACAACCGAGAGGCCACGGAGACGCGGAGCAGCACCCCGGAGAUGCCCACCGUGUCUGCGUUCUUCAGCCUCGCUGUGCCGGCCGAAGUGGCUGCCAUGGAAAUGCAUAGAAGUCAGAGAUCAACUCCGCUCCCCCAUGAUGGACAGCCAAAAGAAAUGCCCCCGACUCCUGUACUUAUUUCUUGCGCUGACCAGUGAAGCGCCCUUUAAUUGUAAAACAUUGUGCUUUACCUACUACCCUAGCCUUGUCUUUAUUGAGAGAUGCUAG